UCCUUUGGAUGUUGGGGAUCCUUGUGGUGUUGGGGGUCCUUAUGGUGUUGGGUGUCGUCGUGGCGCUGGGGUUCCUUUGGGAUUUGGGUUCCUUGUGUUGCUGGGUGUCGUCGUGGCGUUGCCCAGCGCUGUGGUGUCGCCCCAUUCAGGUGCUGGGCAUCGAGGCGGUGCGCAAGGCCCUGGAGCGGGAGCUGUACCACGUCAUCUCCUUCGAUGGCUCCUACGUCAACUACCGUCACCUGGCCCUGCUGUGCGACACCAUGACAUCCCGGGGGCACCUGAUGGCCAUCACCCGGCACGGCGUCAACCGCCAGGACACCGGGCCGCUCAUGAAGUGCUCCUUCGAGGAGACGGUGGAUGUGCUGAUGGAGGCGGCUGCGCACGGCGAGAGCGACCCGAUGAAAGGGGUGUCGGAGAAUAUCAUGCUGGGCCAGCUGGCCCCUGCCGGCACCGGCUGCUUCGACCUGCUGCUGGAUGCUGAGAAGUGCAAGCACGGCAUGGAGAUCCCCAGCGCCAUCCCUGGCCUGGGGGUGGGAGGCUCCACCGGGAUGUUUUUCGGCUCGGCUCCCAGCCCCAUGGGGAACAUGUCCCCCGCCAUGACGCCCUGGAACCAGGGGGCCACUCCUGCCUAUGGGGCCUGGUCCCCCAGUGUGGGUGCGUGGGGCUGUGGGGAGGGGGAGGC